AUGAUCGCCAGAGUGACCGGCGCGCAUACCGCGCAUGCCUGGAGGCGAUCGGUCGCCCAUCGGCUCGCUUUCGCGAAGCACGCGAAGCGAGGCAUCACCGGCCUGGCGGCGGAGCUUGCGCACCUGCGAGCAGACGGCCCGCGCAAGAGCUUGUGGCUGCUGGUGCCAGAGCCGGGUGCUCCGGGCCCUCACGCCCGGAGCACCGCUGAGGAGGUACGUACUUUGGCGGCCGGCGCCCGCGCCACCGUGGUGGACUUUGCCGGCAAAGGCGCCGCCAACUUCGAGGUGCUCCUCGAGCGGUUGCAGGAUGCCUUGAUCACCGCCGCUGUGGAGGCCGACGUGAAAGUGAGCUGGGCUGAGGUGGAGGUGGACCUCUACCCUUUUGUGCUCGAGGCUCAUCCUCAGCUGCAGUCAGACCUUGCUGAGCUGUGCGAGGCCCACGGAAUAAACGUCGCCGGAGCAUCCGCCAACUGGCGGCGACUGGCUGAAAGCGAGGACUCGAUGCAACCCGUGGAGGCCUCCGCCCAUGUCCUGGCGGCGGCCGCCGCGCUGCAGGACGCCCUCCGCAGCCCCGCCGGGUACACGGCCCGGCGCACCGGGCGCAGCGUGCCAUACCUGCUGACGUUUCUGGAGGCGUGCGCCCAAAGAGACGCGAAAGCAGAGCCGCCGCUGCUGGCACUGCUGUGCCUGGAGCAGCUCGUGCGGUCGCCCUUUGUGGACGAGCGCGGGGAGGAGGCCUGCUGGUGCAGAGGCUGUGCGGUCAAAUUCCUCCGACGCGCGCGAAUCUGCGGGCUCUGCUGCACUGCUGUGAUGGCAACACCGCGCCGCAAGCUCGGCGUGGGCGGGUAUUGGGCGCUGUCCCAGCACAGGGUCGCAGCGGUGCCAGAGCCGUCGCCCAAGGCGACGGUGGGAGUUCUGGUGCUGGAGCCGGAGGACCGAAGGUAUGGCGCCCAGGGGGAUCCCAAGGCAAGCAAAGGUCCUCGGCGGCUUUCUCGGAACUUGCCACUUGUCCUUUGA